GGCGGGCAGUCAAGUAUGCGAAGGCCGAGAAUACGGAGGACAAGACGAAUAUUAACCUCUCUCUGCGCCUGGGUGUGAUUGCACAUCAAAAGCUUCGUCUUCUGGAGGCGGCGUGCACAUCGCAGUGCGAGAUCAGUGCGGAAGGAGCUCUAUGGCAGUCAAUGCAGAAGGCGCACAACGAGGAGUACCUCCCUCGCGUGCGAGGCAAGAGCGGACACGGUCUGGGGCCGCCCGGCGCGUUCAACCAGACGGCGGCGUGCAUUACGAUGGCGGACACGGCGGCCCCAGAGAUCAAGGAGGUGCUGACCGACUACCUAGCCAAGAACAAGCCAGGCAGUCGUGAGGCCCAACAUGUCGUCGGUCUCUUUCGGACAGAGGAGAUGUUCGACAGCAAGAAGAAGCGGCUCAUGAUCGCGAUGAAGGGUGAGAAACUGGAGCGUGUUCUAUUGUGUGCCGUGGAAGCGGCGGAGAAGAAGGUGGCGUGGUCUGGCCCUCGCCCUGCAGGCCACCUCGAGGUGGAAGGUCAGCAGAUCAUCGAGGCAAUGUCGGCGUAG